GACGGAAGUUUAACUUACUUGAAGGAGAUGAUGAUUUGAUUGGGCUAGAAUAGAUGAUAUCUGAGUUGACAAAGAAAGAAAGGAUAAAAAAAUCUCCUAUUUCAGUGACGGAGGGACAUUGGUGUCCGAUAACGCAAUCUCUCUUCUCCUUCUGCAUCCCUUGAAUCCAUGGUACCUUGUUCCGUAACGACCCCUUCUCCACUCCUCGCUGCACCAAUCAUCCCUCGCUACACAUACUUCUCUCCCUCUCCCCUUCUUCGCCGAUCUCGUCCUUCUCCCCUCAACUCCAUCUCCAAUGGCUCCAACCAAUUCAACCAACAACUCUUCUCUCCAACUCAACAACCACACUUACAGCCUCGAACGUUGUUCCCCGGCGGCUACAAGAGACCCGAGCUCAAGGUCCCCACUCUCAUUCUCCAAUUGGAUCCCGACGACGUUCUCAGCGGCGGGGACAGCGCCUUCAACUUGAUCGACAAGGCCGUGUCCAAGUACGUUGGGAUCGUGGUUCUCGCCAGCGACGAAGCUAGUGGUGGCAAACUUUACGAGGCCGCGUGCUUGUUGAAGUCUCUGGUCCAAGACCGCGCGUAUUUGUUAGUCGCCGAGCGCGUUGACAUUGCCGCCGCCGCUGCCGCUAGUGGAGUUUUGCUCUCUGACCAAGGCCUUCCUACUGUUGUAGCUAGGAACACAAUGUUGGAUUCGAAAUCUGAAUUGGUGGUUCUUCCUUUGGUUGCUAGGAUUGUUCAUACUGUAGAUGCUGCAGUGAAUGCGUCAAAAUCUGAAGGUGCUGAUUUCCUUAUAUACGGCGGCGACGAUCUGAAACGUGUCCGUAAGGAAGUUGGCUCUGUGCGUGAGAGCGUGAAGAUUCCUGUUUUUGUGUCGCGUGGGAAAAAUAUGUCCUAUGCUGAGGCUUCUAGUUUGUUUGCUUCUGGAGCUAGUGGUUUUGUUACUAGUUUGGAGGAUUUUGGUUUGUUUGGUGAUGAGUUCUUGCGCAAACUGUUUGACAAUGGGUAUGCGAAGGAUAAGAGGAUAGCAGAUGGCGAUGUUGGCGAGGAUAAAUUGUUGAAUGUGGAUAAUGGUUUUCAGAGUACGACGGAUGUUGUGGCUGGAUUUGUUAAACUGGAGGAUAGGGAGAAACAGUUAAUAGAAACAGAGAGAUCGGUGUUGAAUGAAGCUAUAGAAGUUAUCAAGAAAGCUGCACCUCUGAUGGAGGAGGUUUCACUUCUGAAUGAUGCAGUUUCUCAAAUUGAUGAGCCGUUCUUACUGGUUAUAGUGGGGGAAUUCAACUCUGGUAAAUCUACUGUGAUUAAUGCGCUUCUUGGAGAAAGAUAUCUCAAAGAGGGAGUUGUUCCAACAACUAAUGAGAUCACGUUUUUACGAUAUACUGACUUAGAUAUUGAACAACAGCGGUGUGAAAGGCAUCCAGAUGGUCAAUAUAUUUGCUACCUUCCUGCUCCAAUUCUUAAAGAAAUGACCAUUGUCGAUACGCCUGGAACUAAUGUGAUUCUUCAGAGGCAACAACGUCUUACAGAGGAAUUUGUUCCCCGUGCAGAUUUACUUCUUUUCGUUAUUUCUGCUGAUCGCCCUUUGACUGGAAGUGAGAUUGCUUUUCUUCGUUAUUCUCAGCAGUGGAAGAAGAAAGCAGUCUUUGUCUUGAACAAAGCUGACAUAUAUCAGAAUACUCAUGAGCUUGAGGAAGCAAUAACUUUCAUUAAGGACAAUGUACAGAGAUUGCUGAAUACUGAAGAUGUGUUAUUGUAUCCUGUAUCUGCUCGGUCUGCCCUUGAAGAAAAACUUAUGGCUACCUCUAAUGUUGGGAAGCCUAAUGAAGAAUUAUCGAUCUCUGGUUAUCAUUAUGGUGCCAGCAGCUUCUAUGAACUUGAAAAGUUCUUAAAUAGCUUUCUAGAUGGGUCAACAAUCCCAGGAAUGGACAGAAUGAGGCUCAAACUUGAAACACCUGUUGGAAUUGCAGAUAGACUAAUUUCUUCUUGUGAAACUCUUGUGACACAAGACUACCGAUAUGCCAAGCAGGAUUUGACUGCAGUGAAUGAUGUUAUUAAUAGUGUAAAUGAUUUUGCUUUAAAUAUGGAAAGUGAGAGUCUUUCUUGGAGGAGACAAACACUAUCUUUGAUUGAAACUACAAAAUCACGUGUUGUGGAGCUUGUUGAAUCUACUGUGCUAUUGUCAAAUUUCGAUAUUAUUGCUUCAUAUCUUUUCAAGGGAGAAAAAACUGCAAUGCCUACUACGUCAAGAAUUCAGAAUGACAUAAUUGGUCCUGCUGAGACAGCAGUUCAGAAAAUACUUGAAGAAUACAAAAAUUGGUUACAUUCCAAAAAUACCCAACAAGGGAGACUAUACAAGGAAUCUUUUGAAAAACGAUGGCCCUCCUUGAUUCAUGAAAACAGUCAGAUGAGUUCUGAGACAUACCAGUUGCUAAAGAAAGUGGAUCAAGCUGGCAGUCAGGUGAUUGAAAAUUUUAGCAGCAGUGCGGCUUCAAAGUUAUUUGAGCAAGCAGUCCGGGAUAUGAUUGUAGGGACUGUUGGUCAACUAGGUGUGGCUGGUUUAUCUGCUUCGUUGCUGACAUCUGUACUACAAACCACGUUGGAAGAUCUUCUUGCUCUUGGUAUUUGUUCUGCUGGCGGGUAUCUAGCUAUAUCUACUUUCCCAGCCCGUAGGCAGAGGGUGAUAGACAAGGUGAAAAAGAAAGCAGAUGCCUUGGCAUAUGAACUUGAAGAGGCCAUGAAGAGGGAUUUCACUGAAGCCAUAGAAAAUUUGGAUACCUUCGUGAAAGUCAUUAGCAAACCUUACCAAGAUGAAGCGCAGAAUAGAAUUAACAGGAUAGUAAAGGUUCAAGAAGAAUUAUCAAAUGUUGAGAAAAAACUAAGAACGCUUCAAAUUGAGAUUCAAAAUCUUCACGUGUCAUGACUUCUAUGGACUGUCCUAUUCCGUUAUUGAAACAAAGGAAAUCCGUCCUUUUCAACAGCCGUACCAUACCGUCUAUCUUGGCCUUGCAAUUUUGGACAAUAUCACUAGCAAUUCCAUUAUGCAAGUGGAAAAUUGUCAACACGGACUACGGUUCUACCAUUUUUUUUUAAUUUAUAAAUUCUCUAGUAACAACCAACUGGAUUAAAGGGAUGUAAUAGUGUAUCACCUUUGUUGUUUUCAUUUAACCAUCUCGUCUUAGAGGGCAGGCACGAAUAACCAUCAAUUUUGUUUCCACAUGCAUUAGGGAUUCCUUUAAAAGAGAAAUGCUCCCAUGUUCCAAAAUUACAUAAAUUGAUGGUGAAAUCUGUACAAACUAGACUGAUGCUUGAUUUCCACCAAACCUCUUGCUUUUUUAUUUCUUCAUUUUCUAAUUUGAUAUUUAUCCAAUAAAAUGUUGAUACUUGG